AUGGAACACACCGUUCAUCCCGUACCCUUUAAUGGGACGUUUUCGGAGUACACAACGCUCGUCUCGGCAGCCUUAAUAGCCACCACCAACAGCACCGAUGUAGCCGGUGAGCUUGCCGGCAACCGAACGCAGAAGGCAUCCUCCCUAGCCACACCCUGCAUGGUGGUGGUAAUGUUUUCGUACAUUUUUGGCUGCAUCGGGAACCUGAUUGCCCUCAUCCAUCUGUGGCGCAACGUUCGCAACACGAAACACGCGCUAAUGCUGAAAUGUUUGCUUACGAACGAUCUAAUUGGAUUGAGCGGCAUGUUUGUCCAGAUGUGUUUGCAACUCUACCUUCCAGCAGACGUUAUUCAGGCGAAUAUCCACAACUUUUGCAUCCUGCGCGUAAUUUGGCGUGUAUUCGGCAUCAGUUCCGGUUGUGUAGCGUUCGUCAUGGCCUUCGAACGUUACAUAGCGCUGGCGAAACCGUUCUUCUAUCAUAAGUACGUGACGGAUAAUCUGAUCCGCAAAUCGAUCUUCAUCCUGUGGGGUAUCGGUGCAUUCAUAACGUUCCUGCCGCUGUUUGGAUUUGGCGUUUAUUACGACGAACGGAAGAAAACGUGUGCUCGCUACCGAAGUGCUACCGAACCGAUGGAUGUGGCGUAUGCGUAUUUGUUCUUCAGUGUCGGCACACUGCUUUGUGUUGGGAUUGUGAUCUGUAAUCUUAGUGUGAGAAAGGUGCUGUAUAGGUCGCAUCGGAAGAUGUGCCGCCAAUUUGGCUCAAUCAAACCCACACCAAUGCUGAACCGAUCGAUGAGCCAAACGCCAAAAUCAUCCAGCUUUACCGAUUCCAACAUCAUGCGCAUGUUCAACGAGCCUACGACGGAGGAAAUACGCUUCGCCAAACUGAUGACCGUUCUCAGUGUGUUCUUUCUUAUUUGCUGGCUUCCGCAGAUGAUCUCAAUCAUCCUGUUGCAACAGCUCAGUGCUGCCAUGAAGCUGAAGCUAUCCUGGGUGUUCCGAGUGUCCGAUAUACUGAUAUUGGUGCACUUUAUGCUCGAUCCGUACAUCUAUGUGCUGCUGAAGAAGAGCCGCCGAAGUGACUUACGCACCAUGAUACGCUACAUGUUUAGCCGCAACCAGCGGUUCAACAUCGUGGAUGCUGCUCUGUCACCGAUGCAAAAGUCGACCAACUCAUCACCACUUCCGUAG